GUCAACACGCUUUCACACGGGAACGCAACCGCUUCGGACGUUGGACGAACGUAUGUUGCCGCAAAAGAUCAAGGCCAACUUGCUUUCAUUUUUUACAAUCUCCGUAUGGGAUGUGGAAUUUCAUAACGCGCCGAGUCUAAAUGUCGAGUUGUUUUGCUUGUUGAGAAUAAUAAUUAAUUGCCCCCUUUAUAUUUGCUCCGUGGGAUUAACGUAAUGGGAAAAAUUUGUUGCAACGCAUGUGGAGGUGUCUUCGUUUGUUAACUUUUAGAAAGUAUUCUCGCACCGUAUAAAUACAUCUCAUUUUUCUCUGUUUUGUCAGUAGUUGUUUUUGGUAUUAUUCGUGCAACGUGGAAGCUAACUUAGUGGUUUGGUGUUCGUACAAAAAAGCAGUCUUAAAGAUCAUCUUAGUACUCUCAACCCGUAACCGCAAAUAGAAUAGCAGCAAUCUUAAGCAUGGACUUAAGUCAACUGAAUCAAACCUGUCUUGCAGAAGGUGAUUUUGAGCAGCCGAUUGUCAAACUGCAUGAAUUGCCGAUAGGCGUUCCGUUUAAAAUUACUAGAGCCAAAAUUGUUAAUACAAAAUUUGGCAAUUCCGUGUUGCUGCAAUUAGAAAAUUCCGUAGUAUUUCUUCCUACUCGCGUGACAGAAGCUUUCCGUCCGAGACUAGAACACUUUGCGUCGGGGCAGUACAAACUGGUCUACGAGGGAUCCAAAGAUAUUGGAAAGCCCAACUCUUUAAAGAAAUUCAAAAUAAUUCAAAAUUAAUCAACAUAUUAUACAGGGUAAGUCUUAUUUACUGUUAUAUAUUUAAUAAACCACGAUGCGCGUAAAGCAGAUCAUUCAUAGAGCGCAAAUCUUAAUUUUAACCUUACAAAAAUUAAAAAAGCAUAUUUCCGACAAGUUCACUCUUAGAGAUAGUGAUGUGUGGCUUAGGAGACUAAAUAAAAAUAUUGAAUCUUGCAACCAAAUCGUUUCUAACGAAAAGGAUUUAUCUAUUGGGUUAAAAAGAAAAUUACAAACUACAAUUCAACAUCUGAAAGCUAUUAGAAAAAUUAUUCUUAAUUAUCAACAUAAGCAUUUUGGAUUGGGAUUACAAAGUAGUAGCCGCGAGACAAACACAAAUGAAAUGGUUGUAUGGGAAUCGGUAGCGUCGUGUUUCCAGGGAAGAGUUCAGACUGGUGUCAUAAUUAAUUUACUUCAUAAAGAUUUAAUUCAAUUUUUAAACGAUUCUCGUCCAAUAUUUCAACAAAAAAUUAGUCAAAUUUUAAAGAAAUUUUUAUUGCUGAAAGUAAAUACCACAUUUUGCGGUGAAUUUAUUAAGGCAAAAAAUGAUGUCCAAGGCGAAGUUGAUGUUAAAUAUCUGAGUACCGGAAAUGCUGUAGUUGAUUUAGGAACAGAAUUGAAUGAUUGGUUUGUUGAAAAUGUGCAAGAUAAAAUUUUAAAUCAAAUGUCAGAGUUUCAGGAACGUGAUUCCGGGUGGGCUUUAAAUAAUAUUAUUUAUUUAGAGAUUAACAUUAAUAAAUUUGAAAUGGGUAACGGGUCAUCCUUCGUUGAGUUGCCUAAAGAAAUUGCGAAUAAAAGGGCUUGUAUUAACAUUAGAAAUGACGAUCAAGCGUGUUUUUAUUGGUCAGUUGUAUGCGGACUCUUUCCAGCACGUUUUCGUCAGUAUUUACCCUCUUCAUAUCCAUACUACAAAAGUGUUUUGAAAACUGAAAAUUUACAAACACCUAUGGAAAUGAAUAAAAUAAGCAAAUUUGAAAAAGACAAUGAUAUUUCCAUCAAUGUUUAUAUCUUAGAGUUUAAUAAAAAUGAAAAAACUAGUUUUUUUUCCGUGUUACCUGCACGAUUAACAAAAGAAAAACGCGAAAAACAUUCAAAUUUGUUGUUAAUACAAAAUAAAUAUUAUCCAAAAGUUAAUGAUUUUGAUCCUGAUCCGCAAGAUAAUGAUUAUGAAGAAAUAAAAUAUCACUAUUGUUACAUUAAAAAUUUGUCUCGAUUACAAUAUUAG